AUGAGCAACAAAAUCGAAUACCAUACUAAUGCCACCCAAAAUGAUGGUCAAUCGGAUAACAAUACUUCUGAAUAUUGUACCAAUGGUAUAGCAACACCUCUCCUACUAGCUUUAUUUACAAGACCACUUGAUCGAAAAUUUAUUAUAGAGUUAGAAAGUAAUAUUUCAGGAUUUAUUGAUUCAGAUGCAAGAACUGUUAAUCUUGAUACGAUGAACUCAUACCACAGAUUUCUUUCUUAUAAGGUUGCCGAUUACCACGAACUGAAGCAUACUAUAUUGCGAAAAGAUGAAACUCCUGCCAUUGUACUUUAUAAAGAUACAAUUGCACCAAUGACUAUGAAACUCCCAUUACUUAAAGACUUGAAGCAAGAGGAUUUUAGUACGGAAAUAUUAUCAGCAACUUUAGAGAAAGUUACACUGAAUGAUUCUAAUGAUUCUGAUACACAAUUGUCGGCCAAAAACUUAAUUUUGAAAAAUAAGAAGGUCAAACUUUUGAAAAGAAGUGGAAAACGAUUAUCUAUCGAAGAAAAUGAUAAAAAUAAGAAGGAUAUCCCAAGUAUUCAGAAGUUAGAGACUGUAGAAGUUUUAUCAAAUAAUUUAAGUCAGGACUCGAUUAGUAGUCUCGAAGAACAACGACUGCAAAAGGAAAAAGAAUACGAAGAAACAAAACUAAAAAUAUUUAAUGAUAACCAAGAUAUAAAUAGUCAUGAUGAAGAUUGCGAUGAUUAUAAAGAAAGUUGUAAAGAAGUAAAUUCUAAUUUAACAAGAGAGAAGAGUGAAAGAGAUAUAGAAGAGCAUAUAUGGGGUCAGGUAGAAGGAUCGAUACCCAAUAUAGGUACUAAUGAUUCGCCUCAAUAUUACAAAUCAAAACCUUCGAAGUGGACUAGCGACAUAAAGAAUUCUAAGUACAAUAAUUAUAAUUGUAGACAAGAUACUGGAUACUCAGGUGGAAUGCCUCUUAAUCCAAUGUAUCCAUCUUACCCGACGCAUAAUGAAUAUCAAGGAUAUCCAUUAGGAACAGUAGAUCUACAAUAUAUGCAACAGAUAAUGUUUUCACCUCCGCUUAAUGGUUAUAAUUUUCAAAACCCCGUUCCAUAUAUGAGCUAUCAACCUCAACAGCGGAAUACCAUGUAUAAUGGGUAUAAUAUUCCGAUAAAUGGUUACGGAGUUCCAUAUAAUAGGCCUCCUCCUUCUUCUUCUUCUUCUUCUUCUUCUUCCUUCAACAAGAAUCAAUCAAAAAAGAAAAUUUACGGCAAUGACACUAGGACUCCGUCAGGAAACGGUUAUCCAAACGAAUAA